UGCUUUCAUACUCGAAUAUUCAAUUUAAAUCCAGAGGUAUUCUAUAAGCUAGGCAUACUCAAAACAUGCAGUUCCCUUGCAAUCUUAAAUUGGCGUACGUCGCCACUUUGUGCGCCCUUCUAAAUGUAGCUGUAGCUCGCACCACCGGACAGGGUUUGCAUAUUAUCGCAAGGUUCCGUGCGCCAAAAUGUAGUUCUGGAAGCUGUGACGGUGGAUUGUGGGAUGAAAUCGAUGGCUAUGUCAAGCAGGCGAAACAAGGAAAGGUACCGAUCAUGAUAAACAUUAAUCACGAGUGGAAAAUUGCCAACAACUGGUCAACUGACAGCAAGAAAUACGUGUCAGAUAUGGUAAAAUCCUAUGUCAAGGAUGGUGCGAUAGUGACUGCGUAUGUCUCUACCGACUAUGGAGUGGAAUCUGAAUCCGAUGUCAAAGGAAACGUUGAGAAGUGGCUCACAUCUGACUUUGGUUAUGAUUAUCCGUGCCCUAUUACUGGUAUUUUCUUUGACGAAGCACCUGCCGAUCCCAGAGAGUCAUUGUAUAAAAAAUACGAGGGAUAUACCAACUACGCGCGCAGUAUAAUGUCGGACGCGUUCAUCUUCUACAAUGCCGGGGGAACGUGGAGUUCAUCUUCACCGUACCAAAAAAUUACCAGUGCGUACUGCGUGCGUGAGAAACCUCGUGAUGCCUUCAUGAAUGAUUGGCCUAGUCAAGCGGCCCGAUGGAUAAAAGACAAUGACAUGGAAGGCUACACAGAUUCGGAUAGUGGAACACAAAUGGGUCAGACAGGGAUUAUAAUCUAUGAUGCAACAGAGAGUUAUAACUCGUGGGAAGGAGUGUUCAAAAUUGGGCAAGACAACAAUGUCAAAUGGGUUAGUACGACUACGGACUACGAGCGCUUGCCGGAUUACCACGUACACAUAAUCGACUAUCUCUGCGAGCAUACCUACGGUGACGCCUGCAAGUUGACAAACGAGUGA